GGGUACAGUUUGAAAAGCUCCUGACGUCAGGCUGGAAUUCCUAUUGUGUUUAGAAACGGCUCGCGCAAAGCCAGCCCAAGUUCGCUCUCCGCGCACCUCCAGCACCUCGCGGACGGCGUGGGUCCGCCAGCUCCCGGACCUGCGGCGGCUGCCUGCGCGCCCCGGGGCGGAGGACGGUGCCCGCCGCCCACGAGGAGACCCCGCGCCUGCAGGAGGCCGAGCUGAAGCGGCGGAGCGCGCCGCCCGCCAGCCCGGGUGAGUGCUCCGGGCGAGGCCGGCGGCCGCUGAAGCCCCCGCGGGCGCGCCCCGGGGCCCGGAUGCCCGGCCGGAGCCCCCUCGCCGGGUGCAUGCCUCCCCCGCGGCGCGCCCCCGCCGGCAGCUGCCCGCUGUGACCGCCCUUCCCCGCAGGCGGGCGCCGGCCGGGCUCUCCCCGAGAUCCGCGCACGGGUGGCACCCGCCGGACCCCCGGAGGCGGCGGCGGCGGCAGGGGGCGCGGGGUCGGGGCUGCGAGGGCGCGCGCGCGGGGAGGAUGGACGGGUCCGGGGAGCGCAGCCUCCCGGAGCCGGACAGCCAGGGCUCCGCGACCGGCGACGACAUCGAGAUAGUCGUCAACGUGGGGGGCGUGCGGCAGGUGCUGUACGGGGACCUCCUCAGCCAGUACCCCGAGACCCGGCUGGCGGAGCUCAUCAACUGCUUGGCGGGGGGCUACGAUACAAUCUUCUCCCUGUGCGACGACUACGACCCCGGCAAGCGCGAGUUCUACUUUGACAGGGACCCGGACGCCUUCAAGUGUGUCAUCGAGGUGUACUACUUCGGGGAGGUCCACAUGAAGAAGGGUAUCUGCCCCAUCUGCUUCAAGAACGAGAUGGACUUCUGGAAGGUGGACCUCAAGUUCCUGGACGACUGCUGUAAGAGCCACCUGAGCGAGAAGCGCGAGGAGCUGGAGGAGAUCGCGCGCCGCGUGCAGCUCAUCCUGGACGACCUGGGCGUGGACGCGGCCGAGGGCCGCUGGCGCCGCUGCCAGAAGUGCGUCUGGAAGUUCCUGGAGAAGCCCGAGUCGUCGUGCCCGGCGCGGGUGGUGGCCGUGCUCUCCUUCCUGCUCAUUCUCGUCUCGUCGGUGGUCAUGUGCAUGGGCACCAUCCCCGAGCUGCAGGUGCUGGACGCCGAGGGCAACCGCGUGGAGCACCCGACGCUGGAGAACGUGGAGACGGCUUGCAUCGGCUGGUUCACCCUGGAGUACCUGCUGCGCCUCUUCUCGUCGCCCAACAAGCUGCACUUCGCGCUGUCCUUCAUGAACAUCGUGGACGUGCUGGCCAUCCUUCCCUUCUACGUGAGCCUCACGCUCACGCACCUGGGUGCCCGCAUGAUGGAGCUGACCAAUGUGCAGCAGGCCGUGCAGGCGCUGCGGAUCAUGCGCAUCGCGCGCAUCUUCAAGCUGGCCCGCCACUCCUCGGGCCUGCAGACCCUCACCUAUGCCCUCAAGCGCAGCUUCAAGGAACUGGGGCUACUGCUCAUGUACCUGGCAGUGGGCAUCUUCGUCUUCUCUGCCCUGGGCUACACCAUGGAGCAGAGCCACCCAGAGACCCUGUUUAAGAGCAUCCCCCAGUCCUUCUGGUGGGCCAUCAUCACCAUGACCACCGUAGGCUAUGGCGACAUCUACCCCAAGACGACACUGGGCAAGCUCAACGCAGCCAUCAGCUUCUUGUGUGGGGUCAUCGCCAUCGCCCUGCCCAUCCACCCCAUCAUCAACAACUUUGUCAGGUAUUACAACAAGCAGCGCGUCCUGGAGACGGCGGCCAAGCACGAGUUGGAGCUGAUGGAGCUCAACUCCAGCAGCGGGGGCGAGGGCAAGACUGGGGGCUCCCGCAGCGACCUGGACAACCUCCCUCCAGAGCCUGCGGGGAAGGAGGCGCCGAGCUGCAGCAGCCGGCUGAAGCUCUCCCACAGCGACACCUUCAUCCCCCUGCUGACCGAGGAGAAGCACCAUAGGACCCGGCUCCAGAGUUGCAAGUGACAGGAGGGCCCCCCAGGCAGAGAUGGGCUGGGCGGUGGACGGAUGGAUGGGUGUGGCAGGCAUGUCACCGACAGCACAGAAGGGCUGUCCUGUGUCCCCCAACCCUCCCCUGGAAAGACUCUGAAGGCCCUCCCGGCACCUCUGCCAAGGCUGGGUAAGACUCCUUUAUGGUGCCUGCUGUCCAGGAGCCGGGGAGGGAGGGGCGUGCAGGAGCCACAGGGCAGUGUGGAGCGAGUGGAGGCUGUGGCCUGGCUGGCGCGGGAGCCCGCACCCGCUUCUGUAUCUCCCUCAAUAAAGCCUCCUGCUCUGUGCAAACUCC